UUAAUUGUAGAUUAAUAGUCUCCACUCUCUAAAGUCACGCAGUUCUUACUAAUCAGUCGUUUGCUCAUUGGUACGGUGCACUGUCUACUGAUUCUUUGCAACAAAUUUCAACUUCGAGGACGACAAAUUAACAAAGCGGUUAUCGUCAUAAAUCCAAAGAUUAUCUCAGCGUACGUCAGGUAUCAAAACUACCCCGUCUGAAACCCAUCUUUGCGAUGUCGGAACAGCAUCAGUACGAGCCACCGGCGUUCGAUUCCAACUGCAUGACGCUCACGCGGUACGUGUUGGCCGAACAGAAAAAAGUGCAUGCUGCCACCGGGGACCUGAGCCAACUGUUGACCAGCAUUCAGACGGCUGUCAAGGCAGUCAGCUCUGCCGUGCGAAGGGCCGGACUGACAAACCUGUACGGCAUGGACGGAUCCACUAACGUGCAGGGCGAAGACGUCAAAAAGCUGGACGUGUUAAGCAACGAACUGUUCAUCAACAUGUUGGCGUCAUCAUUUACGGUACACAUGCUGGUCAGCGAAGAAAACGAGACUGUGAUAGAGAUUGAGACGGAAAAACGUGGUAAAUACAUUGUGUGUUUUGACCCUCUGGACGGGUCAUCCAACAUCGAUUGCCUUGUGUCCAUCGGUUCAAUAUUCGGAAUAUACAAAAAAACCAACGAUAGCAACGAAACAAAUGUAGAAAAUGCUUUUCAACCAGGAAGGAACAUGGUAGCCGCCGGUUAUGCCCUUUAUGGCAGCGCAACAAUGAUGGUGUUGGCGCUGGGCAGAGGGAGAGGAGUCAAUGGAUUUAUGUUGGAUCCGUCGGUUGGUGAGUUUGUGUUGACCGAAAGUAACAUCAAAAUACCCAGCAAGGGAAACAUUUAUAGCAUCAACGAAGGGUAUUCACAUUUGUGGGACAAAUCUGUAACCGAGUAUGUGAGGAGGAAAAAACAUCCAGAGUGUGGUAAACCUUAUGGUGCCAGGUAUGUUGGCUCGAUGGUUGCGGAUGUACACCGUACACUGAAGUAUGGAGGUAUAUUCAUGUACCCGGCCACAAAACAAUCACCAAACGGCAAGUUACGGCUAUUAUACGAAGGAAACCCAAUGGCUUACAUAAUCGAGGAAGCUGGUGGCUUAGCUAGCAAUGGUAAGAUACCCAUACUGGACAUUCAACCCAGAGCUCUUCAUCAGAGAUGCCCAGUAUUUUUAGGUUCCAAAGAAGAUGUCAAAGAAUAUUUAGAUAUAAUACAACCAUAAACGCUUACAUUUUUCGUAAAAAAAAUCUACAAAAAUUAUUGAAUACAUAAUGUUGUAACAAUUAUACAGAAAUAAUUAAACUUUUUUUUCUUUUUUAAC